AUGAUACCGUACAGACUACUCUCCAGGAAUUAUCUUCGCUUCUACACGUUGCUGCUUUUGGCUUACUUCGUGCUCGUGCUGGUCACGUUUGAUGGACACAGGUUAGGCAGGGCCGCGGUGCGGGCGCGGGGGGGCUGCGGGCUUAACGUACCGCGCGCUCCCGCAGCGACCAUUCUACACCUCGCAGUCGACUACGACGGUUGUUCUAGUGAAAGAAAAGCAGCAGCAAUGGUGGACGCCGCAACAAUCGAAAAGUUGGAGGCUGGUUUCAGCAAGCUCCAGGCCUCUGAUUCCAAGUCGCUGUUGAAGAAGUACCUCACGAGGGAGGUGUUCGACGCACUUAAGAACAAGAAAACCUCUUUCGGCUCUACCCUUUUGGACUGCAUCCAGUCGGGUAUUGAGAAUUUGGACUCUGGUGUUGGAAUCUACGCGCCCGAUGCCGAGUCGUACACAGUGUUCGCCGACCUGUUCGACCCCAUCAUCGAGGACUACCACAACGGUUUCAAGAAGACCGACAAGCACCCACCCAAGAACUGGGGCGAUGUAGAGACCCUCGGCAACCUGGACCCCGCCGGCGAGUUCAUUGUGUCGACCCGCGUGCGUUGCGGCCGCUCCAUGGAGGGCUACCCCUUCAACCCGUGCCUGACUGAGGCGCAGUACAAGGAGAUGGAGGACAAGGUGUCGUCCACCCUCUCCGGGCUCGAGGGCGAGCUGAAGGGCACCUUCUACCCGCUCACCGGCAUGUCCAAGGAGACCCAGCAGCAGCUGAUCGACGACCACUUCCUCUUCAAGGAGGGCGACCGCUUCCUCCAGGCGGCGAACGCGUGCCGCUUUUGGCCCACCGGCCGCGGUAUCUACCACAACGAGAACAAGACCUUCCUCGUGUGGUGCAACGAGGAGGACCACCUGCGCAUCAUCUCCAUGCAGAUGGGCGGCGACCUGAAGCAGGUGUACAAGAGGCUGGUGACCGCGGUCAACGACAUCGAGAAGCGGAUCCCGUUCUCGCACAACGACCGCCUCGGCUUCCUGACCUUCUGCCCCACCAACCUGGGCACCACCGUGCGCGCCUCCGUGCACAUCAAGCUGCCCAAGCUCGCCGCCGACAAGGCGAAGCUGGAGGAGGUCGCCAGCAAGUACCACCUGCAGGUGCGCGGAACACGCGGCGAGCACACCGAAGCCGAGGGCGGCGUGUACGACAUCUCCAACAAGAGGCGCAUGGGCCUCACCGAGUACGACGCCGUCAAGGAGAUGUACGACGGAAUCGCGGAGCUGAUCAAGAUCGAGAAGUCCCUG